GCGGUUUGGUCUUUGUUGUUGGUAACUGUCGACGGCCGAGUGAUGGGGCAUAAUUCUAACGUUUCAGUCGUUCCGUGAAGGCAGCACACCCCUCGUCCCGGGUGAGCGGCGUCACAGCAGCGCUCUGUCAUUUCCACGGAUAAAUUACGGACUGUCAGAGCCGUCCCGUCCCCCGUGCUGUUCCCUGGCCAGGAUAAUGCACGAGAACGACCGUUAGCGCGCCUCUUUCUGCUCGUGCACACCGAUGAGAACACCUGCUCUUUAAAAUUACUCGGUUUAAAAUCCAAACGGGGAUGAUCUUUCCGGGGGGAAACAUGCCCCUCAUCUCGGUGACUUUGGCGGUGCUCGCCGUCGUCCUCAGCACUUCUCAGGUCAGUGGGAACGAGCAGUGUCUGUGGUAUGUGGAUAAAAAUGGCACCUGGCACAACGGCUUCGACUGCCCUCUCAUCACGUUCUGCUGUGGGAACUGCAACCGACGCUACUGCUGCCUGGACGCCUUCAAGAUGAUCACGGAGAGAGAGCAGAAACGCUGCAUGCUCUUCCAGUUCAGCCCCACCACUUUAGCUGGAAUUGCGUCUUCCAUCCUCCUCUUUGUGGCCAUCAUUGCGACCAUGGUCUGCUGCUUUAUGUGUUCCUGCUGUUACCUUUACCAGAGAAGGCAGCAGAGGGGCAGGACACCUUAUGAUGCUCAGCAGAUCCCCAUGGCCAGCUACCCGGUUGAGCCCAUGUACGAUGCUUAUGGUAAACCAAUUUGCCCCUCAGAGUAUCCACCCGUUGGUUACCCUAUGGCGCCCCAGUAUCCUGGCAUGCCUCCACAGUACCCAAUGAUGCAGCCUGGACCGUACGUACCACGCCCCAUGGAUCCUGCAUACAGCCAGGCCCCACCACCGUACUCUCCACCUCAGUAUCCUGGUCACUGAUGGGCUCCUCUUCAUGCACACAGCGGGACACUACUGCAGCUGAGCAAAGGGACUGUUUCAAAAGAAGGCAGCAGCACUUUCUCCCACACACAGACACACACACACACACACACAUGCACACACACGCAGAUGCAGUUAAGCACACAGUCACACGCUAAAAUAACCGCUACGGCUCGAUUAGCAGUGGGUUGCCUGUGAAAGAAAACAGGAGGCACUUUAAGUUCUGUUUUAGUUGUUCAUUUGCAGCGUCGUCCUACUUUUCCACAGUAUUAAUGUAAAUCAAAGUCUGUCCUGCAACCUGACGCCUGACUCCUGGGCAGGCGUCACAUGAUCCUGAAAGCGAGGCGACUUCUGCGUCUUGGCGCUGUUUCACCAGCCUCGUGAUCUGAAACACUCACCUCAGUGACAGGGUGUCGCCAAAAGAGAGUGCUUGUUACCUUCUAGAAAAGAAUGCUGUCCCUCUUUAUUUGGUAAAAGAAAAAAAAAAGUUAUACCUCCUCCCCCUUGUUAAGUUUGAAUAAAUUGAUAACUGCCUGUGGUUCCGUUCCAGGUAAUCUCUGCCACUGAUCCACUUUCUCCGGUUAUCAUAGCAUCACGUGCUUCUUCUUUGUCUUUGAUGUUUCUAACUAAGCAAAAAAAAAUAAACUGGAAAAAAGGGAUCCACGUUUGAUUGCAAAAGUGAUGUUUGGAUCUAAGGCAGGUGGCUUUAUAGAUCUAAACGGUUCUCCCAGUUCUUUGUAAGAUGCCCUUUGUCAACUGUUGGUUUGAACUUUGUCUCGUCUUUCUAAUAUCUGACACAAGUAAUUACUUUGAAGUAGUUUAUUAGUGGCACCCUUUUUUACGAUCUCAACAUCAGCAUGCUUCCUGGUCAAAGAUACCUGUCCGCUUCUGACUUUAAAAUAAAUUAGAAAUUAGUCUUGAUUAAUUCCAUAGUGACGGGUAGGGUGUUUCACAGUGAAAUCCGUGUUAACGUCUAUUCCUUCUAACAUAUCAGGACAGGGGAGUUGCAGGUCACGCUGUUUGAUUAAAAUAAAAUAUCCCGCCUUACAGUAACUAACCAUGGGAAAAAAGAGAUUAACUAUUUAAAUGAAUAUUUUGUAAAUCUGUUCUUCAACUAAAUAUUUUAUGAUAUUGUAACGAGUUAUUUUAAAACCGUGUAUUUUUAUUGUACCAUGAGAUAUGACGUUUGGCAUCUUUCCAUUUACUAUUUAUUACUAUUUAAGUUACCUUUAACUGUGAAUGGGUUCUCACCAUCUGGACUAAGCUACGAAGCCAAAAACGACUACUGCUGAAAGAUCUCCUCUCUUUAAAGGACUCGUUUGACAUUUUGGAGAAGGUGUUUGCUUUCUUGUUGACGGGUGCACAUUUAGUUUUUGUUUUUUUUGUUUUUUUUGUUUCUUUCCCGCCCCUUUAUUGGCACAUUUGAUAUAUUGGCAAAAUGUAGUUAUUGUCUGUAAUCCUCUGCUUAAAAACAAAAAAAAAAUUCUGCAUUGAAUCAGCAAAAAUGAUGAAGUUGGCAGUAACAUUUUCUGUAGUUGUAUUAAUUUUGUGCUGCAUAAAUACAUGCAAAAAUAAUUAAACCUAAAAGACUUUUUAA